CAUAACUACCAGUCUUGAUACCAUGAGUUACUACGGCAGCUACUACGGAGGUCUGGGCUCUGGCUUCCGAGGCUUUGGGAACCUGGGUUAUGGCUAUGGCUGUGGCUGUGGCUUUGGAGGUUAUGGAUAUGGGUCUGGCUAUGGCAGAUAUGGAUAUGGCUACCGCCGCCCCCUUUAUUAUGGAGGAUAUGGAUUCUCCCGAUUCUACUGAAAUGCAUUCCAGGGGAACCAGCAUCUUAAAUAUGAAAACAUUACCCCUAACUCAUACUAGGACAAAAUUAAAUGAACAUACUUACUGUGAAUCAAGUCAAGAAGAAAACAAUUUAACAUGUAAGACUUUCAGACAACCAUUUAACAUGUAAGAUGUCGAGACUAUGUUUAUCAUCGUUAUAAUUCUCCAUAUUAUGCCCCCUUACUUCUCUUCUGUCGUGUCAUAAAUGUAGACUUUUUGAUCUUUUGCAAUAAAUUACCC